UUCAUAAACAACUACGUGGCAAAUAUAGUAGGUCGCAUAAAAUAUUGUUAAAAUUCAAGAGUUUUAACCUGUUUAAGUUCUCGUCCGAUUCGGAAAUAGCUUUGAAAGAUGUGUCUAAAAUUUCAAUGCCGUUUUCGUCGGCCAUUUUCUGACAACCGCACGUGUUAUGCACAUGAACUUUAGCUUUGCGAAUCAAAAUAUUUAGCCUGCAAAGCGGGCGCUCGCGGCGCCUGCUUUGCAGGCUAGCUUGAUUGCAAAGUCGUUCCCAUUCUUCCAAAUCGCUCUUUGCUUAAGGGAAUGACCGCUGACCAGCGUCUUCAAAAAAGAACAAAAAAACGUGUAUAUAAAAAUUUACUGAAAAAGAUUGAUACAGAGAAAAAUGGUAUGUAUAUUUGUCGGGGGUUUUUGCCAGAGUAUUAAGUGAGUACUGUAGUAGUCGUGGAGAAUUAAAUAACAUAAAAAAUUAUGUCUGUAAGGUUGGAUUGCUCGGUUUAUAAUUUGCAUGUAUGAUGUGUAUAGUGUGACUAGUGUCAUCGUUUGUCAGUUUGUUCUUCGAGUAUUUAUCAAAAGCGAUGUUUAGUAAAUGAGCAGAUUAUGAAAUUGUUUACUUAACCAUACCUGAGUAAUCACUGAGUUAAAAAACCACAUAAAAUGCAACCAAAUACUGUCAUGUUUAUAUACAAGUGACAACAACAUACCAACAAACUGAUGGACAAUUAAUUCCGAGUCAAGAGCAGUGAGCUCCCAUAUAUAACUAUAGAGUGAGAACUCGAGGCCAAAAAGUGAAGCGAAGAUAGCAAAAUUGAAGGAGCUAUUGGACAUCAAUUCCAGUCCCUUUCAAUUGUUUCAUCUGUGCGUUAAAACGAAGCUGGCAACAAGUGUGCCAGAAAUUCUCAUAUAUUUUCUUUCAAAACCUCUAUAAAAAGGACACGUCUCUAAUAUCGACACUGUGCUGUCAGUGUCCAUUCAAGUAUCUAUGUCCGAGGUACGACUGUAGCUGUUAAUCAUUUGAUCUUCAUUUAGAGGCCAAUCGCUCUACACGGUCAUGAACGUUCCAUUACACAUAUAAAAUAUAGCAGAGAUGGUGACUUGUUAUUCUCGUCUGCUAAAGACAGUUCACCGUCAGUGUGGUAUUCAAUAAAUGGUGAAAGACUAGGUACAUAUAAAGGCCAUGGUGGUGCUGUAUGGUGUAUUGACGUAGAUUGUAUCCUUUUAGAUAGUAAUGAAAUUGUAUUGUUAAUAUUCCCAGAACUGAUCAAAUACUGGUACUUUUUUUGAUAAAUUGUGACAUGGACUAUUAUCUGUCAAGGUUUGUAUCUGAACUAUCGCACCUAAAAAAGCAUAUAUAUCACAGGAAAAAUGGUGCCUGAUGUGUAGUCACGAUGAAAAUAUUAACAAAGGGUGAUCUCUAAAAAAAUUGAAUAAAGAGCCUCUGUUAUUGGGUGGUAGUGUUCCUUAACAGUUCAAUCAGGGACGACUACCAAGGUCAUAACAGGAUCAGCUGACAACAGUCUAAGGCUAUGGGACACAGAGACUGGAACACAACUCGGGAAGUUCGACACAAGAUCUGCAGUGCGGACAUGCGCUUUCUCGUAUUGUGGCAACAGAAUAAUGUUCUCAACAGACAAACAGAUGGGUCACGCUUGUGAAAUAUUCUUUUGUGAUAUCAGAGAUUCAGCACAGAUGGGUAAGGGUCACAUACACCAGUUGAGGUUGCAUUGGCAAAGACUCUAGGGAGAAAGUUUAGAACUGAUAGAGCUAUCCAGUGUAAAUAAAGUUAGUUUAGUUUAGGUUUCCUCCUGUAGUAACUCGAGAUCAAUAAGAGAUGAUCCUUACUGAGACCUCUAGCUUUCCUCUCAUAAUAACAGGCAAAGUUGCAAGUUUGAAUCCUUCUUGGUACAAGUAGAAAUUCAUUGUAAUUUUAUUUUCUAUAGGUCACAACAGUUCAUAUCUAAGCAUACCAGUGGAUGGUCCAAAAGUUACCUCAGCAAUAUGGGGUCCACUAGAUUACUACAUAAUUGCUGGUCAUGAAAAUGGUACAGUCUGUCAAUGGGAUUCUAAGGUAGAUGGUUAUUCCAAUUGACUGGCAUCUCCAACAACUUCAUGAAAAAUUCACUAGGUUAUUCUGAUGCUUACAAAUUUUAUUUAUUUGUUUGUUUCCAGAGUGGUCAACGUUUACUGAAUGUUGAGGGUCACACAAAAGCGGUGAAUGACAUUCAACCAUACCAUGAUACAACUAUGUUUGUUACAGCAUCUAAAGACACCACAGCCAAGGUGGGUACUUAUGCUGCAUAGCUGUUUCUUUGACCUGUGGGGUGAGCCCCCCACCCCCUCCCCACAGAAAAUACAGGACAAGAAUCACACGUUUUAAAUUCAUAUUGUUUUUGCAGCUUUUUGAUUCUGAUAGCUUGGAACACUUGAAAACAUACAAAACUGAAAGACCAGUAAAUUCAGCAUCUCUGUCUUCGUUGAAACAUCAUGUUAGUAUGAUAAAUACAAAAUAAAUGUACGGUAUGGUAGCAUUAAAGGCUGGAUUUACACUAUCAAAGUUUCUGUGAUCACAGUAGGAAUUUUGCAUAGGUAAAUUCUAAGUUUUGAAGGAUUUGUAAGAAAUGUUUGCGGGAACACAGACUCGGGUGUUUACGGUUUAAAAGUUCCCUCAAACAUUUCUUACAAAUCCUUCAAAACUUAGAAUUUACCUGUGCCAAAUUCCUACUGUGAUCACAGAAACUUUGAUAGUGUAAACCCAGCCUUAAUUGAAGGAUGUGGUUUCCUUAUUCUUUCACAUUUAUUUUAAAACCACAGGUAGUUCUGGGUGGCGGUCAGGAAGCCAUGGAUGUAACAACGACAUCGACAAGGAUAGGAAAGUUUGACGCCAGAUUCUUUCACAUGGUAUUUGAAGAAGAAAUAGGACGUGUCAAAGGUCAUUUUGGACCUAUCAACAGCGUCACAUUUCAUCCUGAUGGCAAAAGGUUCGUCAAUGAAUUAAAGAGCAAAAAAACAUGCUUGAUUUCGGCCGCGUUUGUUUUGCAAAGCUCUGCUGACGAAUCCGUCAACUCCGAUCUUCUUCAGUUGAACAUUUUCAACUGAGGCAAAAUUACGAUGAAAUGACUGAAUGAUUGCUCGCAGAAGAUGAAGGAAUGCGCUAACUACUACACUGCCAAAACCAUUUGCAUGUAAGACAGAUUGUUGCAGUGAUAGACAAGGCUUCACACAUUGUCUAGUUAGUUCGAGCGAUUGUUUCGUGCAUACGAGUCAGUUCGAGCUAUUCAGAAAGCGUCUAUUAAUUAAUAGAAAAUCAUUCGCGUUACCAAACGAGAUAUUCUGGCUCAAAAAGGUUUCUUGUUAGUCUAAAGUUAACUUUGUUUUUCUUUUACAGUUACAGCAGUGGAGGCGAAGAUGGCUACGUACGGCUGCACCAGUUCGACCCGUCAUAUUUUGAAUACGAAUUUGAAUAUUAGGUCAACUUGUAUUGAAUAAAAAUAAAUAAAACUCUAACUAUAAAACAUUGUUUGCUUGUCUAUUUUACCGCAAUUGUUAAUCGUCAACUUUUUCUUGCUUAACGAUCGGUGGCUUGGUUUCAGGCUCUUUUUCUUCAGAAGGUGUACCUAAAGUAUACACGUAAAAAUCUCACAACUUGUCAACAAGAUGUGUUCGCAACAGGCUUGUAGCAAGCUUG